UCUGCCCUCCGCCCUCGGCCCGUCCGCUGGGGCCGCCGCGCGCAUGGAGGCCGGCUGAGAAGCGCCUCCGCCUCGCCUCGGCUCCCCCAGCGGUGCCGGUGCUGGAAGCCGCCCAGCCAUGGAGGGGGAAGGGGAGCAGCCGCCUCAGGAGGCCGAUGUGGAACCUAUUGUGACGUCAGGGGCUUCAGAGUCGGUGCCCAGGGUGCUUUCCGGAGACCCCCAGAACCUGUCUGACGUGGACGCCUUCAACCUGCUCCUGGAGAUGAAGCUGAAGCGGCGGCGCGAGCAGCCCAACCUGCCACGCACCGUGACCCGGCUGGUGGCGGAGGACGGGAGCAGGGUGUAUGUGGUGGGCACGGCCCACUUCAGCGACGACAGCAAGAGGGACGUAGUGCGGACCAUCCGGGAGGUGCAGCCUGACGUGGUGGUGGUGGAGCUCUGCCAGUACCGGGUGUCCAUGCUGAAGAUGGACGAGCGGACGCUGCUGCGCGAGGCCAAGGAAAUCAGCCUGGAGAAGCUGCAGCAGGCCGUGAGACAGAACGGGCUCAUGUCUGGCCUCAUGCAGAUGCUGCUGCUGAAGGUGUCUGCCCACAUCACCGAGCAGCUAGGCAUGGCCCCUGGAGGCGAGUUCAGGGAGGCCUUCAAAGAGGCCAGCAAGGUGCCUUUCUGCAAGUUCCACCUGGGUGACCGGCCCAUCCCAGUAACUUUCAAGCGGGCCAUCGCCGCCCUCUCCUUCUGGCAGAAGGUCAAGCUGGCCUGGGGCCUGUGUUUCCUGUCAGACCCGAUCAGCAAGGACGAUGUGGAACGCUGCAAGCAGAAGGACCUGCUGGAGCAGAUGAUGGCUGAGAUGAUUGGCGAGUUUCCCGACCUGCACCGCACCAUCGUCUCAGAGCGCGACAUCUACCUGACCUACAUGCUGCGGCAGGCUGCCCGUCGCUUAGAGCUGCCACGCGCCUCUGAUGCUGAGCCCAGGAAGUGCGUCCCCUCUGUGGUCGUGGGUGUUGUGGGCAUGGGCCACGUGCCUGGCAUCGAGAAGAACUGGAGCACCGACCUCAACAUCCAGGAGAUCAUGACCAUCCCCCCGCCGUCCAUCUCCGGAAGAGUGUCCCGGCUGGCCGUGAAGGCCGCCUUCUUCGGCCUGCUGGGUUACGGCCUGUACUGGAUGGGCCGCCGCACCGUGAGCCUGGUCCUGUCGCUGCCCGCCGCACAGUACUGCCUCCAGAGGGCGUCCGUGGCUGGGCCGCGACAAUAGGAGGUGCUGCCGAGGGAGUGGCCACGGCUAAGGGGCAGCGUGGCAGGGCUGCACCCCCGCGUCACAGCUGAGGGGCUCCUGAGGAGCCGGUGCCACCCGUGGGAACUUCUUGGGUGCCAAGCGCAUCCAAGCCCACCUGAGGCCUGUGCCACCCCCCAUGGGGGUCCAGGCCAAGCCACACCUGCCCUCUCCUUCCUGCCUUCCCCUCCCCCAACCCGCCCAAAUAAAGGAUUAUUUAACUAUUUGAGCUCAGGCUUCCCAGCAUCCCCCUCCCCAACCCCCACACACUGCAGGGGCUGCUCACUGGCACCAGGAUCGAGAUGGCCCACCUCGAGGGUGGCCGUGGCCAGGGCUGGGGGAGGGGCUGAGGCCUCCAGGUGUGGGGCUUGGCAGCUGUCCCUACCUCACUGUGCCUUCUCGUGCGCCAUCCAGCAGCAGCAUCUGGCCCCAGAGUGUCUCACACCUGGGGAGGCUGGAUGCCCCAUGCAGCUGCUCAGCGUGGGCUUGCGGAGCUUUGACCCCGGCUGCACUGUGGCAUCCUGGGCUCGGCCUGUCUGUUUUUGGCUUUUUUAAACGUCUGAAAAUUUUUUACUCAGGUAAUUUUAACUUAAAAGAAGAAACAAACUGAAGCAAAUGUCAGGAAAUACAAGCCUUAAAUCUGGUCAGGACAAAGAGGAAGUCUUUUUCUUUUGGUCUCGGUGUCCUGGGUGGGCGAGUGUGCUGCAGAAGGUCGGCUCCGGGUGUCCAGGCUGCCCCUCUGGGCCCUGCACCUCCAGCCCAGUGCGGGGGUCGUGGCCCCUCCCCUGCAGGGCUGGGAGGGCUAGAACCUGCUUCCUGUGUAUCCAGCAGGGUGCUCAGGGGUGGCUCUAGACCUCAGUGCACAGACAGCGUGGGUGCCAGUCUGUGCCCACUGGGGUGCUGCCAUGCUCAGCACCCUGGCCCAGACACCCCUGCACGGGAUCCACUCUUCCUGGGAUCUGUGUACCGUGUGCCGUCUGCACAGCCCCAGCACAGGCCCAUAGCACCGUCUGUUUGUCUCUGUGUUGGCUCAUUGUGAUCAAAUCAUGUGGAACCCACACUGCGUGCUCGGUGGGGGCCGUGGGGGCUGGGCCCUAUCCUUGUUGUCACAUACUAUUGAUCUCAUUCCUUAGAAACUGAAAUAAAUUCUAAUUUUGGAA